AUGGCAUUCUCCCAUUACUUAACAUAUUCUGCAUAUCCCUCUGCAGAACCAAUAGCAAAUUCAGUAAGAGAGCUGUUUGCAACUGACAUUCCUGCACAAAGUACCUUCAUGGGAAUUUCAGCCAUUUUGUCUGUAGUCAUUACAUCUUCUACUUCAUCAACCUCCACCAUUUCCAUACUUCUGCCUCAUUCAACUGACAACACUGCUCCAAAUCUCUUUGAACGGAUUGGGACCCUUUGUAAUGCAAAUCGAAAAACCUAUGAAUUUUGUGUUGAAUUGUAUUACAAGCUGAAGUCUUUAGGCCUAAAAGCAAAUAAUUUCACAUACCCUUUUUUGUUUAUAGCGUGAGGGAAUGUUUGGGGUUUGGUUAAUGGAAAGAUUGGUCAUUGUCUGGUGUUUAAGGCUGGUUUGGAUGGUGAUGAGCAUGUAAAUCAUUCUUUGACUACAAUGGACGCAAGGUGUGGUGAAAUGGGGUUUGCACGGAAGGUGUUUGAUGAAAUGGGUGACAGAGACUUGGUGUCGUGGAAUUCGAUGAUUUCAGGGUAUUCUAAGAUGGGUUUUGCUAAAGAGGCAAUUGGGUUGUUUAUGGAAAUGAGGGAAGAGGGGUUUGAGCCAGAUGAGAUGACGUUGGUGAAUGUUCUUGGGGCGUGUGGGGAUUUGGGUUUGGGGAGAUGGUACGUGGAGGGGCUUGUUUUGGAGAAGAAGAUGGAGGUAAAUUCGUAUGUGGGGUCUGCCUUGAUUGACAUGUAUGGUAAGUGUGGGGAUUUGAUAUCUGCGAGGAUGGUCUUUGAUUCAAUGCCAAACAAGGAUGUUGUCACUUGGAAUGCCAUUAUCACAUGAAUGGAGCUUCCAAUGAAGCAAUUGUACUAUUCAAUGGAAUGAGAGAGACAGGUCCUAAUCCAGAUAAAGUCACAAUGAUUGAAGUAUUGUCUGCAUGUUCCACAAUAGGGGCCCUUGAUUUGGGGAAAU